UUCACCUACCUUCCAUCUCCGCCCUUAGGGGCCCGAAGAGCAAGCCGGGAAGGAGAUUACAAAUCGAAUCAGGCUCAGGUGGCAUCAGGAUUCGUGGCCUGACUUAAACUCGACCGAAGGGCGGCCUAAGCAACUUGUGACCUCCAAAAGAUUACGAAGGUUUUCCGCUUCUGAAGACGGAAACAAGGGUUGCCAUGGAAACGCGUUGAGGAAGUUGGGAUUCCCAAGCAAAUACGCGAAACAUGAUCUGCUUCUGUCCAGACUGUGGCAAGAGCAUCGAGGCGUCGUUCAAAUUCUGCCCCUACUGUGGGAAGGCCCUGCCCGCACAGGAGCGCGUGGGGUCCCGGGGCCGCGUCCGAGCUCGCGUGCCGGCCUCCCGAGGCUCGAAGAGAGAGCCGGGCUCCAGUGCUGAAGUUUCUCCCAAGAAAGUGAAAUGGUCCAGCACCGUCGCCUCCCCCCACGCCUCCCUCUUGCUAGGCGGCGGCACUUCUGUGUCCGAAGAUACCGAGAGCCCCUCCGAGAAAGCCAAAGGGUCCCGGAGCAGACCCCCAACCCCCAAAAGCAGCCCGCAGACGACCAGGCAAAGCCCUCAGACUCUGAAGCGGAGCCGGGUGACCGCCUCGCUCGAGGCUUUACCCGCGGGGACGGUGCUGACGGACCAGAAUGGGCAGAGCUGGAAGCUGGGAGCCCUGCAGACCAAGGACGCCCAGGGCAUCCUCUAUGAAGCUGAGCCUUCCCCGAGUACCCAGAAAUACCGCUUCUCACUCAAAUUGGACGCCAAGGAUGGACGCUUGUUCAACGAGCAGCACUUCUUCCAGCGGGCCGCCAAGCCUGUGCAAGUGAACAAGUGGAAGAAGCUGAGCUCAAACCCCCUCCUGGCUAUCCCCACCUGUGUGGGUUUUGGCAUUCACCAGGACAAGUACAGGUUCUUGGUGUUUCCCAUCCUGGGGAGGAGCCUGCAGUGGGCCCUGGACGACACCCCGAAGCACGUGCUGUCCGAGAGAUGUGUCCUGCAGGUGGCCUGCAGACUGCUCGACGCCCUGGAGUUCCUCCACGAGAAUGAGUAUGUUCAUGGCAAUGUGACGGCUGCGAACGUCUUCGUGAACCCAGACGACCUGAGCCAGGUGACCCUGGGGGGCUACGGCUUCACCUACCGCUACCGCCCAGGUGGCAGACAUGUGGCCUACGUGGAGGGCAGCAGGAGUCUGCAUGAGGGGGACCUCGAGUUCAUCAGCAUGGACCUGCACAAGGGCUGUGGGCCCUCCCGCCGGAGCGACCUGCAGGCACUGGGCUACUGUAUGCUGAAGUGGCUCUGCGGGGUCCUGCCGUGGACACACUGCCUGCCUGACGCCGACGAGAUCAUGAAGCAGAAACAGAAGUUCCUCGACAGCCCAGAGCCCCUGGCCGGACUGCGUGGUCCCCGGAUCAGGCCCUCAGGGGGUGUCUCGACCACGGAGGCCCUGCGGGAGUACCUGCAGGUGGUGACGGGCCUGCAGUACGAGGAGACGCCGCCCUACGCCGCGCUGAAGAAGCGUCUGGAAGCGCCGCUGCGGGGAAUGUGUGUGUCGCCCUACGACCCCCUGGACCUCCCGAUGGUGCCGUAGGGAGCCCAGGGUUUCAACGUGCAGUCGGAAACAAAGCCUUAAGAGAAAACGAAGAGAAAACGAAGAGAUAAUGUGAUUCGAGGCCUGCUGUUUAAUUACAGAUAAACUUCUAGAAAAAUCCCUGGAAUGUGUGUUCCUGCCACUGCUCGCCCCCCCGUAGCGUCGGGGAGGCCGGCAGCUGCCCUCCGUAUAAUGUGAAGUCUUUCCCCUGUCCAGCCUCGCACGGCAGACUCCAGCUGGCGGCCGGGGUGUGGACGGAGCCCAGCAGGGACCCUCCUGCCGCCGGCACCGCUCUGCUUUGGAAAUAAAUCGUUCUAUCGGAGCUGGGGAAGCCCGGUGUCCGCGGAAAGAACUUCUUGUCGGGAACGUUUGGCUCCUCGCAACGCCGCUGUCAUCCACCCGUUCCAGCUCCCACUGCCCCUCCGCCCACCAAGCCACUUUUUUGUAAACACUUAUUUAUUUGAAAGCAGAGUUACAGAGAGUACCCAUCCUCAGGCCCCCGUGCAGGCCCUCCCUGCGCCAUGCGUUCCGGUCCCUCCAGCCCUGCCAGGCAGCAGGGGCCACGUGAUGAGCUCGUGCUGCCUGGAGGACGCCGGGGACGGGCCUGCGGGCCCAGCUGACAGCCGAUCGGAAGGAGUUGGUCUUUCAGCGCAGGUCGCCGGGGCUGGGAAGGGGGCUUUGCAGAAGCAGCACGGAUGGAGAUGGGGGGGUCCCUGUGGACAGAGCCUGGGCACAGGUCAGGGGGAGUCCUGCUCUCUGUCUGUGCCUUUCAAGUGAAUUUUUAUGUUUUUACAUUUUAUAAACAUUUAUUUUUGGGGGCCGGUGCUGUGGCACAGUGGGUUAACGCCCUGGCCUGCAGUGCUGGCAUCCCAAAUGGGCGCCAGUUCGGGACCCAACUGCUGCACUUCCUAUCUGGCUCUCUGCUGUGGCCUGGGAAAGCAGUGGAAGAUGGCCCAAUUCCUUGAGCCCGUGCACCCACGUGGGAGACCCAGAAGAAGCUCCUGGCUCCUGGCUUUGGAUUGGCGCAGUUCCGGGUGUUGCAGCCAAUUGGGGAGUGAACCAGCAGAUGGAAGACCUCUCUCUCUCUCUCCCUCUGCCUCUCCUCUCUCUCUGUAACUCUGACUUUCAUAAAUAGAUCUGUAAACAUUUAUUUAUUGGGGCUGGCGUUGUGCCUUAGCAGGCAUCUCAUGUGGGUACUGGUUCUUGUCCUGGCUGCUCCACUUCUGAUCAGCUCCCCACCAACAGCCUGGGAAAGCAGUGGAAGAUUCCCCAAGUGCUUGCACUCCUGCACCCACGUGGGAGACCCAGAGGAAGCUCCUGGCUCCUGGCUUGAACCUGGCCCAGCCCUGGCUGUUGUGAACCACUGGGGAAUGAACCAGUGGGUGGAAGAUCAGUCUCUUAGUCUAACUUUGACUUUCAAAAUAAGUGAGUUUUAAAAAGAUUUGUUUAUUUAUUUGAAAGUGAGCAUUAGAGAUACCUUGCCUCUGCUGGUUCACUCCCCAAAUAGCUGCCGUGGCCGGGGCUGGGCCAGGCCAAAGCCAGGAGCUUCAUCCGGGUCUCCCACAUGCAUGAUGGGGGCCCAAACACACGAACCAUCUUCCACUGAUUUUCCCAGGCCAUUAGCAGAAGAGGAGCAGUUGGAACACAGACCAGCACCCAUGUGGGAUGCCAGUGUCGCAGGUGGCGGCUUAACCCACUCUGCCACGAUGCCAGUCCCUCAAGUAGAUUUUUAAACAUUUUGUCAAAGCUUGUGGGAUCAGGGCCGGUGUUGUGGCACAGCAUUGCCGCCUGCAAUGCCAACAUCCCUUAUGGGAGCCAGAUCGAGUUCUGGCUUCUCCACUUCUGUUCCAGCUCCCUAAUACACGUGGGAAAGUCCUUGGGCCCCUGCACCCACGUGGGAGACCCAGGUGAAGCUGCUGGCUCCUGGCUUCUUCCUGGCCCAGCCCUGACCAUUGUGACCAUCUGGGGAGUGAACCAGAGGAUGGAAGAUUUUUUUCUCUUAAAGAUUGCUUUCUUUAUUUGAAAGGGAGAGAGAUCUGCCAUUCACUGGUUCACUCCCCAGGAUGACUGCAACGGCCAGAGCUGUGCCGAUCCGAAGCCAGGAGCUUCUUCUGGGUCUUGCAUGCGGGUGCAGGUGCCCAAGGACUUGGGUCAUCCUCCACUGCUUUUCCAGGCCAUAGCAGAGAGCUGGAUCGGAAGUGGAGCAGGGGCCAGUGCUGUGGUGUAGGGGGUAAAGUUGCCAUCUGCAGUGCCGGCAUCCCAUAUGGGCGCCAGUUCAAGUCCACUUCCAACCCAGCUCUCUGCUGUGGCCUGGGAAAGCAGCAGGAGAUGGUCCAAGUCCUUGGGUCCCUGCACCCACAUGGGAGACCCGGAUGGAGCUCCUGAUCUUUGGAUCAGCCCAGCUCCAGCCGUUGCAGCCAUGUGCGGAGUGAACCAGCGGAUAGAAGAUCUCUGUGUCUCUGCCUCUCUUCUGUAACUGACUUUCAAAUAAGUAAAUAAAUCUUAAAAUAAAAAAGCUCUCCUGA